AUGGUACUCGCUGGGACUUCCUGGGUCGUGUCAUUACCCACGACUGACGCUCCCUCCGUUCUCGAUCUAAGUGAGGCGGAGCAGUUGCGACUGGCCCUUCGAGCUUCAGUCGAAGAGACGGCCGGACCAUCUACCUCGUGCAGAUCCUCAAAGAAUCUAGGAGCUGGAUCCUCCUCUAGGCACCCACAUGGCAAUAAGUCCUGCGGCGUUUUGUCGACAAUCACGACUCUUGACACCGAUGAUGAUGACUGCGUAGUCGUACUUGACUCUGAUGGUGAGGACAGUGAAGUCGCUAGCAGAGGAACGCCGAUUGCGCCGCCUUUGCGGGAACUACCCACGGUGACUGAUCCCUCUACCGCCUUCCGGAUAGCCCUCCGGUUACCCUGCGGCAGGCGCACCGUCCUCACUCUCGACUCCAGCCUUCGAUUAGAGACCCUCUUCUCUUACUUGGAAUCCUUGGGCUACCCUUCCGCGGAUUUUGAGUUGCUCCGAGUCCAUCCUCGCCUCUGCCUAAACAACCUACCCAACUCCACUCGGAUUGAUGAAACCGGACUAGCUAAAGCCGACGUCGACUUCUCGGUUGGUGAGGCUAUGUCUUCGCCGGCGACGCAGGGCUUCAUAAAGACGGUGAUGGUGAUGAUGGAAAGUGUUGUGAGUGGCCAUCGAAUGGUUGCCUUCCGCCCGCGCCAUAUGACCACGCGGAAGGAGAUGAUAGCCUUCGAUCCCCUUGUUCAGCAAGACGUCCUCUACCGUGAGCUGAAAAAGAUUCGCAGUUUGCGAAAGGCUGGAAGUCGGGAUUAA